AUGUCGGUCGAAACCAAGGGGACCAUCCCUAUGCCCAAGAUCAUGAAGGCGGAGGAGUACUGGAACGCUGCUCAGAGGGAGGCCUUCCUCGCCUUUGCCGAUGCCAUCGUGCCUGAACUCGACGGCGCCGACGCCGCAGAUGUUCUCUCUCAUCUGCCCGUCGAAGCCACCGACCGUCAGCGAGAACUGGCACCUCGCUUCGCCCGUGAAGGCUUCAAGUCGACGCCCCGUCUGCUCGACUGCGCCGCUCAGCAGUGCCACGCCUCUCUCUCCUCCAAGGUCGCGGGCGACAUCAACCUCUUCCUCACCCUUCUCUCCACUCGCCCCGGUACCAUGGCCCUCUCCGGCUAUGUUGGCCCGUUCACCCAGCUCGACCGUGCCACCCGAGAGAAGAUCAUCUUCGGUUGGUUCACCUCGCGCCUCACCCUCUUCCGCAAGGCAUCUGCAGGUCUCCGAGGCAUCAUCCUUCUUGUCUACUACCGCAACCACCAGCCGGCAUGGGAGGCUAUCGGCUACCCGGAUGGCCGACCCGAUGACUGGACUCGUCCAACCCAAGGUGGCGAGGCUGCACCUGCCACUCCUGUCUACGACUACAAGUUCGAGAACGAAAAGAUCGCCGCUCAGCCCUCUGGCUCCGAGAUCGUCGUCGACACAGAAGUGCUCGUCAUCGGCUCGGGAUCCGGCGGUGGUGUUGCCGGUAGCUACUUGGCUCAGCGCGGCGUUCGCACCCUGAUUGUCGACAAGGGCAUCUACCUUCACCCCGACAAGGUUGUCGGUCGUGAGGACCAGGGCUACGGUCUGCUCUACGAGGGUGAAGGUAUUCUUCCCUCCGAAGACGGCUCGAUCAACAUUCUCGCCGGCGCCACCUUUGGUGGAGGCUCUUCGAUCAACUGGUCCGCCUCGCUCAAGCCUCGUCAUUUUGUUCGCCGACGAUGGGCUGAGGAGUUUGGCGUGCCAUACUACAACUCUCCCUUCUUCACCUCCGACCUCAACGCUGUCUGCACUCGCAUGGGCGUUGCAGUCGCUCCCAUCCGUCACAACAUCGGCAACUCGCUUCUUGCGCUUGGCGGACAGCGCGCCGGUCACCCCGUCGAGCCCGUUCCGCAGAACAGCGGCGGUCACACCCACUACUGUGGCAAGUGUCAGCUGGGUUGUGUCUCCGGCCACAAGCAGGGCGGUGUGGUGUCGUGGCUCAAGGAUGCCGCUGAGGCAGGUGCCGCCUUCAUGACCAACUGCUACGUCGAGCGCAUCCUUUUCGACAAGAACAAGCGUGCCAUCGGGGCCCUGGCUACCGUCGACGGUCGCAAGAUCAAGAUUCUCGCUGCCAAGGGUGUCGUUGUCUCGUCGGGCUCUCUCCAGACUCCUGCCCUGCUCAUGCGCUCGCCUGAGCUCAAGACCAACAAGAUGAUUGGCCAGACGCUCCGACUUCACCCCGCAACGAUCGUUACGGGCUACUACAACUUCCCCGUCAAGCCGUGGGAGGGUGGACUGCUGACCAUGGUCGACAACUCAGCCGAGCUGGUCGACAAGGAGGGAUGGGGCUGCAAGAUCGAAGUAAUAGCAUCGUCGCCCUCCAUCCACGCCGCCUUCAACAACUUCUCCAGCGCCAAAGAGCACAAGCAGAACAUGCUCAAGUACAGCCACAGCUACACCAUGGUCAUCAUCUGCCGCGACCGCGACAGCGGCCGCAUCGUUCUCGACGAGAACGGACACACGCGCAUCGAGUACACCAUCUCCAAGUUUGACCAGCGCUCUCUGCUCCAGGGCAUCCUCCGUGGCGCCGACGCGCACCUGAUGGCGGGUGCCGAGACUAUUGGCACCGCGCAGGCUGCUGUGCCCACCUUUGUCGCAAGCCAGCUCAGCCACGGCAACCCCAGCACCAAGGGCUCGCCCGUCGCACCCCUGCCCCCCGUUGACAACAUCUACACCGAGACCACGCAGGUGCCCGCUACCUUCACCCCCGUCGAGACCGUGCCCCGCGAUCUCAACGACCCCGCCUACAAGGAGUGGCAGAAGAAGGUCGCAUCCGCAGGCGCUGCGCCCUACAUCCUCGGCAUUGGCUCUGCGCACCAGAUGGCCUCGUGUCGCAUGGGAGGUAGCCCCAAGGUGGGCGCCUGUGAUCCCGAGGGCCGCGUCUGGGGCGCCAAGAACCUCUGGGUCGCUGACGCCUCGGCCAUGUGCGAGUCGAGCGGUGUCAACCCCAUGAUCACCACCAUGGCCACCGCGCGUGGUGUCGCUCGCAACGUCGCCCGCGAUAUCGGCGCCACCGCCCCCGUCAACCUUCACGAGCAGAUCGGCGACCAGGCUCGUCUGUAG